AAAGCAGAGGUGUCUUAUAACUAUUGUUUUUACCCUUUACACUCAUGAGCUGUAAGGGUAUCUAUGCACAUCAGAAUUAGAGAAGACACGCACAAGGAAUUCCCUUUCUUGCUUUCUAGCAAGGAAAAAUUAUUCUCUUCAAAGCCUCCUUUUCCCCCCUCCCCUUUUAACACCUCCCUUGUUAAUUAGAAGGCGCGAGAAGAACCUUCAGCAAGAUAUUAAUUGAUCCCAGAUCAAUGGGGAGGCCACCGUGCUGUGACAAAUUUGGAGUGAAGAAAGGGCCAUGGACUCCUGAAGAAGACAUCAUACUCGUCUCCUACAUCCAAGAGCAUGGCCCUGGCAACUGGAAAGCUAUUCCCACUAAUUCUGGAUUGUCAAGAUGCAGCAAGAGCUGCAGGCUCAGAUGGACCAACUACCUCAGGCCAGGGAUUAAGCGUGGCAGCUUCACUGAUCAGGAGGAGAAUCUCAUAAUCCAUCUCCAAGCUCUCUUGGGGAAUAGGUGGGCGGCCAUAGCUUCGUAUCUCCCAGAGAGAACAGACAAUGACAUAAAAAACUAUUGGAACACUCAUAUGAAGAAGAAGCUGAGGAGGAUGGAAAAUGAAGCUGUUGAGGAGGGUACUGGCUUCUCAAAUUACCAACCAAUUGCCAAAGGGCAGUGGGAGAGGAGGCUUCAGACAGACAUAAACAUGGCCAAACAAGCUCUUCAGGAGGCUCUGUCCAUGGAAAAGCCCAGAUUCCUUUAUGAAUCAAAGCCCUCAUGCAGCAGCCACAGCUCCAGCACUCCUCCUUCCUCCACAACAUAUGCGUCGAGCACCGAGAACAUAUCCAGGUUGCUCGAGAACUGGACGAGGAAAACGCCCAAGAACUCAUCAAAAUCGACUCAGCAUUCUGUCAACAAUUUGGUAAAUGUCGGCACUGAUUCCACCACAUCUAGCGACGGCACAAUAACAAGCGUCCCUAAUAACAACAUGGUUUCUCCCGAGACUGGUCUCUUCCAGGUUGACAGCAAGCCCAGCUUGGAGGAAAGAUUUCCUUUAUCUCUGAUUGAGACAUGGCUCUUUGAUGAGAAUUAUGGGGGAGCAAAUACUGUUCUUGAUUUGUCUCUUGAUGAUGCUUCUCAUGAGCUCUUUUAGUUAAACGCACCUGCAACUUUAAUUAGUUAUCAGUAUUAAUUUGUUGAUCAGUUUAUAGAAAUAUAUAGAUCUAUAUAGGUAGGUCAUGUAUAAUUUGAUGAAACAGAGAUGAUCGAUGACCUUAGCUCACUCAUGGGAGUGGUGGAUUAGGAUGUUUACAAUUUCAGAAUGAUUGGGAUGGAACAUUCCAUUAAAAAUAUUAUGAUUUAAGAAAAAAAAAUGGAAUCCAUCACAGCCAUCCAGAGUGCAUCGCAGGAUGAAGAUUGAUAGUUGCACGUAUAUAUGCUAAGAAAAGAGACAAUGGACCUCAUAGGCUUUGCUGUUGAGCUUUAUUACUUACUGACAGUAUAGAGCUGUUUUAGGUAUUGCUGAUUGAUUCUAAUGUAUAUGUCCAUCUUUGAUGGAUUGUUUCUAUUUUUUUGACUGGUAGCUAUCAUUUACCCAUUUAUAUUGGAUUGUGUAGCUCUGUAAUCUUGAAAAAAACCUAAGAAGGAAGCAAUGAUGGAAAUAUAGGAUAUAGGUAGAUAUACCACAUGAAAAUCCUGAGAUUCAUUUUCCCCCUAAAAAAAAAAAAAAAAUCCUGAGAUUCCAUUCUUUAUUUAUGUAAUAAUUGCUUGCUCAAUCCUUUAAAAUUGCAUUUACGAAAUUGUAAAAACUUCAUUUUCCAAGGCUUUUUUUGGCUCGA